AUGGCAUCUGAAGCCACAGUCCCAGAAGAAAUGGGAGCUGGAAGUGUAGAUGGCACACCCACCAACGAAUUCUCAUGGCUACAGCCACACGUUAUAUUCGUGGUCAUCCUUGUUGGUGAAGAAGAGACUCCAUUUGGAAUUCAAAAGGACUUUCUUCGCGCCAAGUCAACUUUCUAUGCCUCCCAUUUUGCCGACGAACAAGGCGACGAGACCGAGAGUGACAAGCUGGAGCACAUUGUCAAACUCCCCCACACUACCCCCGAGGUCUUCGGAUUCGUUCAAAACUUCCUAUAUACUAACCGACUGUUCACUGGUGUGGACACUCUACCCGGUUACGAAGUUCUGAUUGCCACCUGGAAGCUUGGAUACGAGUUGGGCAUUGAUGGUCUCUGUGAAGAAGCUCUCGAGGCCAUGACUGAGUGUAGACGAAUCACACAACAUAUCCCAGCUACUCCGCUCCUCGUCCAGGCAUGGAAAGAUGCCCCCGAGGGUUCUUCGAUCCGCAAACUUCUCCUUAACUGGGCAGCUGAAUACAUAAGGUCGUCUGAAUCUCGCCAGGAAUUCACAAAGUCCCUCCCGCAAGAAGUGUUGAGUGAGCUUGUGAUAGCCAUGAGCCAUCUUAACUCUUCCCCUGCCAUACAGGUUAACACCGGUCCAUCCCCCUCGGGACAGAACCAGGGAAAGAAUGUACAUUACCUCGAGGCCGACGAGAGUGAUGAUGAGUCUCACCACAAGGCACAGAAGCGCCAUCAUUCCGAUAUCAUGUCGAAUCGGCCGAGUCCGAGUGAGCAAAAGGUCAGACUUAAGAAGUCUGCCCAAAGAGUGUCACUGCCUGCACCAAAGCCUGCCAAAGCUAAGAGAGCCAGCAAUGGUCAGAUGGAUGACCACAUCUACUCAUCAGACCAGAAGUUGAACUUCUGUGCGGACCUACUGAGCCGAAUGCUCUCUGGGCCUGGCUUCUGGACCCGUCUAGUCGGCCCCUUCCGAGAGCCCGUCCGCCCCGUCGAGGACGGCGUGCCGGACUACUUCGACAAGGUCGCCGCGCCCAUGGACCUCAGCACGGUCAAGGCCAAGAUGGACCGCCGCGAGUACAAGAGCGACGAGGAGUUCGUCACCGACAUCCGCCAGAUCUUCACCAACUGCUAUCUCUACCACAAGCAAGGGUCGCCUAUGUGGCAGAACUGUGAGAAGUUCGAGAGGACGUUUGAGGAGAAAUACAAGACGAUGCCGAAAUGGAUCUCGAAGAUGGAGGGCGAGGAGGCUUCUUAG